UCCAUUCAAUUUUAAACGAAGAAAAUGAACGCUUCCUGUGUGUUGUUAACCUCACAUGCGAUACAGUCAAGAUGGCGCCCUCCAAGGCGAAGCAUUCGCGAGAGUCUUGUGUUAUUCCAGGUGGAUUUACAGUGCUCUCUGUGAAGUUCAAAUCAGACAGUGUCUCCAGCCACAGUAUGUGUGUAAAAGAGCACAGAGUUCGAGCUGAAAAAAAUACAAACAGACCCCUUGACAGGACACUAUUUGCAAUCAACAUUCCACCAUACUGCUCAGAGUCGGUGGUGAGGGAACUGUUCUCUCAAUUUGGGCCAGUCCAGUCUGUAGAGCUGAGGGAGAGGCCCGGCAGCACUGAGCCUACUGAAUCAAAACUGUCAAAAUACUUAACACCAGUGCCAAAAGAGGGUUUUAAAGUAGGCUACAUUGUUUUCAAAAAGGGUUCCAGUGUGACUGCUGCCAAGUCUCACCCCUCUGACACUCCACUAGUCGUCUCCACAGAACAGCGGCCCGUCAGGACAGGCCUGAAGAAAUGGAUACAUCAGUACAGUAACUCGUUAAUUCAACCGGACAAGCUUCAAGCAGACGUUGAUCGCUUCAUGCAAGAAUAUGACAAAAAGAAAGAGGAGUCAGAAAAACAGAAAAAAGAAGCGGAGAAGCAGCAGGAGGAGGAUGAGGAGGGGUGGGUGAAGGUUACACGGGGUCCGCGAGGGACCAAGGCCCGCCCCCACAGUGAGGCAUCCAAUCAAAAAGCCCUGCUGAGGGAAAACAGAAAGAAGAAGAGGAAGGAGCUGCUGAACUUCUACACCUGGCAGCACAGAAACACUCAGAGAGAGCACAUCGCUGAGCUCAGGAGGAAGUUUGAGGAAGAUAAACAGAGGAUUGCAAUGCUGAGAGCACAGAGGAAAUUCAGACCUUAUUGACUCAGUAUCCCAUAAUCAUCUGCUUUUCCUUCUGCACCAUCCUUUUUCAGACUUUUAAACAUUUACUCUGCAUCCUUUCCUGCUAGUCAUUUAUAUUAAAGUGAAAUUGGAAAAAAAUAAUUUUAUUUAUUUUUUAUAUAAUGUAUAAACAAAUCUUCCCUGAAAACCCACUGAAAUGGCAUGAUUACAUGCUGAGCAUUUUGUUGUCAUUGGCUUAUCCCUUGGUCUGAAUAUCUGAAUUCUAUUCUUUUGGCCAUUGAGUAUGAAAUCCUUUAUGAAAUUCUCCUUGGACAUGUUUUAAUGAGGGAUAUGUAUCACCGUUGGGUGGUGGUGGCCUUGUUCAAGAGCACAAUAGCAGUGUUCCACUGGGACAUUGACAUGGAACCUUAUACAGUAGCCCCCAGCCUAGAGCCAUACUAGAAGCAGACUUUGCUUGUGUGUCUGUGUAUGUAUCAUUUCUAUACAGUUCACCCGUAAAUGGCAUUGAAUUACUGCUGACAGUCUCUAUCAAAAUACAGACUACUAUCGGAUUAUACAGUAUACCGCAAAUCCUCAAAUUGUGUCCGGGGUCUUUUAUUUACUUAGGCUGCACAAAGCACAGGCCUUUUUUUUGGGCAGGCUUGUAUUCGAGGCAGGACUUUAUUUCUUAUUUGGCUUCUGUUGUAGAAUUUUAUUCUUAGAAAUAAAGUAAAAGGCUACACUUAAAGUGGGCCAACAUUGUUCAACA